AUGUUGGCAAUGGACAAACCAGCUGUCGUCAUUGUCCCAGGCGCGUGGCACAGGCCGCAGCACUAUCAAUAUGUCAUUGAUGGUCUCAAAAACCUGGGCUACGAAACAGAAGGAAUUGACCUUCCUUCCGUCGACUCAAGUCCACCUCAUGCUACCUGGGAGAAAGAUGCUGAAGAAGUCCGUCGCGUGAUCUUGAAGUAUCUAGAUACUGGCAAAGAUGUCAUUGCCCUUGCUCACUCAUUUGGUGGUAUUGCUAUGUCCGAAGCAGUUAAAGGACUCGGAAAAGAAAGUCGAGAGGCGAAAGGGCUAAAAGGAUCAGUCUCCCGGCUCAUCUAUAUGUGUGCAAUGGCUUUGCCAAAAGGCCAAAGCUACGCAAGUCAGAUGGUACCAGCAACCCCCGAAGAGGAGGAGCUAGACAAGCAGCGGAAAGAGAUGCAGGAAAAAUACGGCGGGAUGCAGUUUAAGCCGGAUGGAUCCAUGGUACUUGACAAAGAUGCCUGUCGCAUGGUUCUGUACAAUGGCUGCGAUCCUGAAGAUGCAGACAAGGCAGUUUCUCUUUUAGGGUCAUUUCCGGCGGGUCCAUUAUCUGUGCCAGUUACUUACACGGCCUAUCUUGAGAUUCCAAGCACGUACAUUCUGUGUCGAAACGACCAGGCUUUGGCAGCUUGCAUACAAGAAAGAAUCGUGGCACAGGGGAAUGGUGCAUUGCAUGUUGAGCGAUGUGACGAAGGCCAUUCGCCUUUCUUGAGCAAUCCAAACUAUAUCGUUCGUUGCGUUCGCAGGGCUGCAGGGGAGAGCGUUUAG